GAUGAGUCAUGUGAGCAGCUCGUUCGCGAUUGAGAAUAAAAAAGGACGAAUCCGAAAAACUUUCAUUUACAGACAAAUUCUGGUUGAUUUUGGAAAAUGGGAGGAUUUAAAGCAUAUAUAUCGAAAUUACUAGUAUGCAUGGCAGUACUGGCUGUGAAACAGGCACUUCCAGAGCGUUCUUUCACCAUCGACUAUGACAACAACACGUUCCUGAAGGAUGGUCAGCCAUUUCGCUAUGUCUCAGGGAGCUUCCAUUACAGCAGAGUUCCAGCUUUCUAUUGGCAGGAUAGAUUGAUGAAGAUGAAGAUGGCCGGAUUGAAUGCUGUUCAGACGUAUGUAAUAUGGAACUUCCAUGAGCUCAAGCCUGGAACGUUCAACUUUGAAGGUGAUCACGAUAUCGUCUCAUUCCUCAAGAAGGCCAAUGAUACAGGUCUAGCUGUCAUUCUCAGAGCGGGACCAUACAUCUGUGGUGAAUGGGACCUGGGUGGUCUACCUGCAUGGCUAUUGGACAUCCCUGGCCUCGUCCUCAGAUCAUCAAAUGAUUUCUACAUGGCUCAUGUCACGCAGUGGAUGAAUUACUUCCUGCCAAAGGUCAAGCCGUACCUUUACGCCAACGGAGGCCCUGUAAUCAUGGUUCAGGUCGAGAAUGAGUAUGGAAGUUACAAGACGUGUGACCACGCCUACCAGAGAGAACUAUACCACCUGUUUAGGAAGAACCUUGGUCCAGAUGUAGUUCUCUUUACCACAGACGGACCUAAUGAUCACAUGCUACAAUGUGGUUCCCUGCAAGAUAUGUAUGCUACCAUAGACUUUGGUUCAGGUUCCAAUCUGACAGCUGUUUUCCAAGAAAUGAGGAAAUUUGAACCAAAGGGACCAUUAGUAAAUUCAGAAUUUUAUACCGGCUGGCUGGACCACUGGGAGCAACCACAUCAGACGGUGGAAACAUCAGCCGUCUGUACAUCGCUUGAUAAGAUGCUUGCUUUAGGUGUAAAUGUGAACAUGUACAUGUUUGAAGGAGGCACUAAUUUUGGUUUCUGGAAUGGAGCUAAUUACGGAGGCAACAUGUACAACUCCCAACCAACCACCUAUGAUUAUGAUGCACCACUGACGGAGGCAGGGGACCCCACCCCAAAGUACAUGGCGAUUAGGAACGUCAUUGGCAAGCACCUUCCUCUGCCACCUGGACCCAUACCCCCUCCAACAAAGAAAUAUCCCUACGGUGUGGUAGACAUGGCCUUCACAGCAACUAUCUAUGAUGUCUUAGAUCAGCUAUCUCCCUACGGACCAAUCUAUGCAGACUAUCCCAUCACCAUGGAAACCAUGAAGCAGUAUCAAGGAUUCAUGCUGUAUCGUACCCAGCUAAUGCAUAACUACACAACUCCUACCAACCUAACUAUAGAAGGGAUCCGAGAUCGAGGAUACAUCAUCGUUGAUCAGGUCUGGGUUGGAACAUUGAACAGAAAUAACGCAACUUCAAUCAACAUCACAGGAAUAGAAGGGAUGACCCUUGACAUCCUUGUAGAGAACCAAGGCCAUAUCAACUAUGGGUCAGGAAUGCUUGACCCCAAGGGAAUAAUCAGUAACGUCACAUUAGACGACACCAUCCUUGCAAAAUGGUCCAUCUAUUCCUUGGACUUGGACAAUGUCCUUCCCAAACUCCAAGCCCUCCGUCUUCAGCAGAGCCGCAAGACUGGAAACUUCAUCCAAGAGAGGGCGCCCCACUGCAAAGAUGGUGGUUACGUACCAUCAUUCUAUCUUGGAUCAUUCCCUGACCUGACAGCAGUAGAUCCACCUCAGGAUACGUUCCUCAAGACGAGUGGCUGGACCAAGGGCCAAGCCUUCAUGAACGACUUCAACCUGGGUCGGUACUGGCCUCUAGCUGGACCUCAGAUCACCUUGUUUGUUCCUUCGAACCUGAUAAAACCAAGUCCAGCCAAGAAUACGGUCUUUCUUUUAGAACUUGAGAGACCACCAUGUUUAAAUCAGACGGAUCCUUGUACUGUAGAGUUUAUAGACCGACCGAUCAUCAAUGCUACUGUCAGCUCUGAUCUUGAUGAUGCAUUUGGGAACAACAUCUAUGAAGGGCAUGCUUUCACUGAAAUCUGACGUUUAUUUUAAUAUGAUGUUAUUCAAUAAUAAUCCAAUCCAUAUUUUAUUGUGUAAAAUAGAAAUCAGAAAAAGCAAUCCUUCAAAAAUUAAUUUAAACCAAUUGAUCUUGGGCCCGGCAGCCACUGAGCAGUGCCAGAUUGACCUUGCUCAAUCCCUAAGAUUGUAGAACGCUAAAGAGGGUAGCAGCAACCCCCAUCUUUUAACGUCUUUUUGGUCUGAUGCAGCGGGUGCUUGAACUCCAGACCUUGUGAGGCGGACGUUCUACCAACUGAGCCAACACAAUUUUAUGGCAAUCAUCAAAGCUCAUCUCUAGUUUUUAGUUGUGAAAUUAAUAUUGUUCUCAUACAGUACUCCUUUCCCAGCAAGAUCCUAUUGAUAUAAAAGAAAUUUGGUAGGACCCUGAUUUCAUGGAGUGGUGUUAUCCCGUAGAGGAAACCUUUCAUUGGUUUAAGCAAGUUAAUGUACAACCAGGGGCCUGUUGCAUAAAACUUUUGCCAUAAAAAAACUCUGGCAAAUACACAAAAACUCUGGCAAACAAAUUGCAACGGGCCCCAGGACAUUGUCGAGUUUUUCGAGUUUGAGUCAUCCAAUCAAUAUCAACUAUAUGGAAAGCCAUCAAUGACACAAUUCGGUGGAUUCACAAAAUGGUGCGCCAUCUAUCGGUUGCAGCGAACAGGCCAAAUUUCUAAUUGUCUAAAUUUUGCAAAGAAAUAUGCAGGCAAAUUUCUCUCCUACCUCAUGGACCCUAGUAAACAGCAUAUCCAGUCGAGCCGUGUCGGCCAGUGCUGAAUAAUCGCAUGCAUGCAUUCACUUUAGUACUAGCACGUGCAACAGAUGUCGCCUUUUUCCUAUGAUGCAUUGCAAUUUUCAGCCUGUCCACUGCAAUCGAUAGAUGGUGCACCGUAUUGUGAAUCCACCAAUAAAAACUUUGGUUUCGAACUGUGGUGAGAUCUUGCCAAAACUUAAAUUGGCUUUGAUGUUUCUCUAGUCUUACUGUGCAAAAUCAAAAUCAGUUAUGCAUGUUGAUAUUAUUCGAUUGGUGUUUUGAUCACGAGGCUGUCCUGUAUUUAUGCAGAUUGAACCAUAUUAUUGGUUCAUGAAAUAUAUGCACCCUUCAUUUUCUUCACUUUUAGGUUUUCAAAAUGAUGUUCUUACUUUUUAAGAGAAAGUUACUUUAUGCAAGUACAUGUUUACUUUAGCCCCUUUUGAAUAAAAUUAUAUUUAUCAUACAGGACUGUGAUUUUGUCUAUAACUAUUAAUGAAAGCACUGAUGAAUCAGGUUAAUUUACUAUGUUUCUAUUCAUAUUAUUCUAUGUCAGAUAUUUAAAUAUGCUAGAAAUUUACACUGUAUUCUACACUUCAGGGUUGUAUAUAUUUUUUACCAGUGAGUUUCUAUUCAAGUAAAUUAUUUUUCCAAUUAUUUAGAACAUCAUGCUUAUCUGUACAGGAGUUUUGCCUAUAAAUUUUCUGUAAUGGUUCUAUUGAAAUUUUAUCACAGGGUGCGAAGGAUGAUUUCAAACCAGGUUUUUUUAAUUUUAAUUUUUUACAUUUUAAGUUCUGGGAAAAGUAAGUGAAAACUGAAAUAUAUAGAAGUAUUGAAUUCAAACAUAGCUACAAAUUCUGUAUGGUACCUGAUUGUCACUGUGCAAUAAAAAGAAAAGAAAGAAAAGAAACAUGGAAGUUGGUGCAGAAGGAAAUAUUUGGAGACUGUUGAUUAUAGGGCUUAGGGGGAGUUGGAAGAAUAUAUUUGCAAUCGACUGCAAAUUUCAAUUGCAAAUUCACAAGUGAUGGGUUAAUUUCAACAAUUAGAAGCAAAUCAAUUUAUUAUUGAUGAUGCAAGAAGCAGACAGCAAUGAAUCAUAAAUUUGAUUGCUUGUACUUGAUUAUGAGACCUAACAUUGACUUUCAAUCGUUUGCAAGGGCCAAGCCUUCAUGAACGACUUCAACCUGGGUCGGUACUGGCCUCUAGCUGAACCUCAGAUCACCUUGUUUGUUCCUUCGAACCUGAUAAAACCAAGUCCAGCCAAGAAUACGGUCUUUCUUUUAGAACUUGAGAGACCACCAUGUUUAAAUCAGACGGAUCCUUGUACUGUAGAGUUUAUAGACCGACCGAUCAUCAAUGCUACUGUCAGCUCUGAUCUUGAUGAUGCAUUUGGGAACAACAUCUAUGAAGGGCAUGCUUUCACUGAAAUCUGACGUUUAUUUUAAUAUGAUGUUAUUCAAUAAUAAUCCAAUCCAUAUUUUAUUGUGUAAAAUAGAAAUCAGAAAAAGCAAUCCUUCAAAAAUUAAUUUAAACCAAUUGAUCUUGGGCCCGGCAGCCACUGAGCAGUGCCAGAUUGACCUUGCUCAAUCCCUAAGAUUGUUGAACGCUAAAGAGGGUAGCAGCAACCCCCAUCUUUUAACGUCUUUUUGAUUAUGAGACCUAACAUUGACUUUCAAUCGUUUGCUAGGGCCAAGCCAAGCAAGGUUCUUACAACACCCGAUUAGGCAUUCUGUUAUUGAUUAUGAUCUAGAUUAAUGUCUUUAUUACUUUCAAUUUAUUUGUAGUGUAUUUGUAGUUAUUCUAUAACUAGAAUUUUCUUAAUUCUUAUUAGUUUGGUGAGAAAAAAAUAUUUGUGUAAAUGUGCAUAUUAAUUUGUUUUUUUGUCCGCUGUUAUGCCUAUGUGUGUACACAUGUAUGUGUAUGUAGACAAAAUUUUGCAUCUGUAUUCAUUUUAUGUAGGUUGAUUUUUUUUUGUAGUAAAUGAUGCAUGGAAAUGAUGAUGAAAAUAAUGGAAAAUCAAAUGCAAAUUUGAUAAUUGUAUAAGAUUAAGUUUUAGGGUACCUGAUGAACAAAAAGCUGAACUAAGUUUAGCUGCCAUAUUUACAUGUAGCUGGGAUCCUGCUGUCAUUUUUCUUUUUUAAUCCUCCAAUUUUCCCAAAGGAAAAAAACCCCUCUUGGUUCUUUAUACUCUGUACAUGUACUUAAAAAGUAAACAAUAAAUAAUGAAUAUUUUUAUGACAGAA